UUGGUUUUCCCGAUGAAAUCAACUUUUAUAGUCUCUAUACACGAGAAUUAUCUAUUCUUAGUAUGGAAAAUCAAGAUAUUGAUAAUGGUAAAAUAAGCGUAUUAGUAGAUGUUCCCGAAAAUUUACAGAAACUCUAG